GUGUGGGCGGGACGCGGGCUGCGGCGCGGCGACCCGGGCCUCUGCCAGGGACGACGCUGUAGAGACUGGACGAUCCGGCGGUUGAGCUGUGGGAAGUGCCAGUGGGCGAGCUAGGGACCCCGCGAAGGGUGAAAAGUGCUCCACCUUGGCUCACUGAGUUAUGUAAAGAGGUCCACAAGCUUCAGCACAUCCAUAGGUUCAGCCAGCAGUUACCGAGUCUCUGGUGUAUACUAGACCUCUGGUGGCUGGACUGAGGCAUGAGCCCUUGGUAGUGCAUCGAGGGACGGGAGGUGCACCCACACAUGGUCCGGCCCUGUGGUGACCACAGCAACCCAGGUCAUCACCAUGGUGAAGCUGUUGGUGGUCAAAAUUCUUUGCAUGGUGGGCGUGUUCUUCUUCAUGCUGCUGGGUUCUCUGCUCCCAGUGAAGAUCAUUGAGACAGACUUUGAGAAGGCCCACCGCUCAAAAAAGAUCCUCUCACUCUGCAACACCUUCGGAGGUGGGGUUUUUCUGGCCACCUGCUUCAAUGCUUUACUGCCUGCCGUGAGGGAAAAGCUCCAGAAAGUUCUGAGUCUCGGGCACAUCAGCACUGACUACCCACUGGCGGAGACCAUUGUGAUGCUAGGCUUCUUCAUGACCAUCUUCCUGGAGCAGCUCAUCCUGACCUUCCGCAAGGAGAAGCCGUCCUUCAUUGACAUGGAGACCUUCAACGCCGGCUCAGAUGCCGGCAGUGACUCGGAGUAUGAGAGCCCCUUCAUGGGGGCUGCUCGGGGCCAUGCACUCUACAUGGAGCCCCACAGCCACAGCCACGGGCUCAGUGUCCAGGAGCUGUCGCGCUCCAGCCCCCUGCGCCUCCUCAGCCUGGUCUUCGCACUGUCGGCCCACUCCAUCUUUGAAGGCCUGGCCCUGGGCCUCCAGGAGGAGGGGGAGAAGGUGGUGAGCCUGUUCGUGGGCGUGGCCAUCCAUGAGACGCUGGUGGCUGUGGCCCUGGGCAUCAACAUGGCCCGGAGCUCCAUGCCCCUGAGGGAAGCAGCCAAGCUUGCCAUCACUGUGAGCGCCAUGAUCCCCCUGGGCAUCAGCAUUGGCCUGGGCAUCCAGAGCGCGCAGGGCGUGCCCAGCAGCGUGGCUUCCGUGCUGUUGCAGGGUCUGGUGGGAGGCACCUUUCUCUUUGUCACCUUCUUUGAGAUUCUGGGGAAGGAACUGGAGGAGAAGAAUGACCGCCUGCUCAAAGUCCUCUUCCUGGUGCUGGGCUACACCGUGCUGGCUGGCAUGGUCUUCCUCAAGUGGUGACCAUCCUGUUGCCAUCGUUCUUCAUCACAGUUGCCCCGUGCUUGGGAGCCCCAGGCUGGACACAGGCCACAUCCCACAGCCCCGCCUUCCCCCCGAGGGGAGCUCAGGCCCUCAGUUGCUGCCUGUGCACAGAGGGGCCACCCAAGACCAGACUGGACCCUAGAUUCUACACCCCGAGCCUCAGGGCAACACUACUACUUGUAAAAUACUUCACUUAAAGGUAUUUACCAAAACUGUGUGACCACGUCAACCUGGGCAUGGGGAUCUGGCAACUCACGUGGGAGGCAGGGCCAGGCAUCCACAUGGGGUCAGGCCAAGACCCUCCCGUCCCCACACACUCCCAGUGUGGACCCGGACAGGAGCCGUUGGAGGCUCUGAGGCUUCUGUCCUCUGCCCCCAACUGGCUCUGUGGUUAACAGAGGAGGCCGCCAGCAAGGAGCAUCCAUUCUGCAGUUAGAUGGGGCAGCUCUGUGACUCCUGCCACCUGAAGCUUUGCCUCUAUGGGGACGGGCAGAGUCCCAGGUGCCUGAGGACCAUUCUCUCCUCUGCCUUCUGGUGCUGUCCCCCUAGUGGGGAGGUUGCCCUUCUGGGGACUGGAGUUGCUGGGCCAGGGGAGCGUGUGGGUUUCCUAAGGGAACAGACCCACGGGCUGAGCGAUGUGCAGGCAGGGCUGGGAGGCAGCUUGGCCAUUGGUUCGUAACCCCAUGUCUGCCCAGGGUCUCUGUAGCAAGAUGGACCCUACAGGCUGUGCGGUCCAUCUUCCCCCUGCCACAUUCAAUUUCCCCCACCAGACAGACAGGAAGCCAGUCCCAGAUAAUGCAGGAGAGCAGAGACUAACAGCCAAAUGGUUGGUGUAAACUCGGCACUGUGGCAACCUCUCAUUAGCUUCCAUUGUUGUCCCAGCAACCUGGAGCAUGCCUGGGGAGUAGGAGUGGGUUGAGCCAUUCCUGGGGGAUUUGCUUGGCCCGGCUUAGAGGUGUGGCUGGAGGGUGCUCGGGCCUGGCAACCUGGGCUGGAUUCUCCUGCCUGGCUUCAGCUUCUCCCAGCUCUGUCCUGGGCUGCUGGAGCCUGCUCAUUACACUGUUCUUGCCCCCUGAGUUGGCUGGGAGACCCAGGUGUGCACCUUUCUGAAAUCUCGAAUUUCCUUCCUGUGCUCACCAAUGCCAGGAAGAACUGCGAUGGGGCAUUUAAGCUCCCUGACAAGGACAGGUCCCUCCUCCCAUGGCCCUGGGCUCAGAGGGGCCUCUGGUCACCACUCUGGUCAUGCUGGGAGAUCCAGGAGCAGCUAGUGGCAUAUCAAAGGGUGGACACCCCAGGGGCUGGCCUGCUGUUCCCUGCUUAGCCCACUGGGCACGAGGUACAAGAGGGCGCACCCUCUGCCAGGGCCCUGGCCACCUCCUCUGUUGUGAGUCUGGGGGAGCAGGGAUGUGUGUUCGAAUUUCCUCGCUUUUACUCUGUUGGCUCACCUUGGUGCUGCCCCAAGUAUUGGACCCCUUUCUAGAAACUUCUAUCUAAACUUUCUAUUGGGGACCCAUUUCACAACCCCUCACGGCCUGGCCCUGACCCCAAGCCAGGAAAAUGACCCCGCAGCUGUGGGGACAUCAUCCUCUUCACAGGUCCUGAACCCGGUCCUGUGGCCUCCGCCUGCCCCCACUUCGCUCCACCCAGGAACUGGAAUGUUCCAGGUGGACAGGUCACCGGACUCGUGGAGUUUGCCUUUAGCUGGGGGGAUGGAACUGUGCAGGGGACCAGGUAGAGGUACCAGGGCCUCCCGUACAAGAAGGCUCAGGGGCCCCUUCCCCCUAAAUCCACUGGGAACCCUAUAUCGGGGCAGAGCAGUCGGCUCCAGGGAUCUACAGCUGCAUGCCCCUGCCCCUUCCCUAUCACCAAAAGCACAUGAGGCUGCUUCCCCACCAGCCAUUUGUUCCCUGGGGUGGCCCUGGUGAUACCACAUUCUGUCCUCCAACCAGUUAUCACAUCCCCAUCUCUUGUUCCCAAGGGGAACCUUCAAGGUCAUGUUCCACCCUCACUCUGAGCCGGCUUCUAGACCCGCAGGCCCAGGAAGGGCAUGGCAACACCAGCGAGGGAGGAAAGACCCAAGUGCCCCCUCUGCCUUCCCUUCAGUUAGAGUGUCACUGCCCCAAGUCCUGUCACCCUCGCUCCCCAGUGUGCCUGUGCCUGUGCCUGUCCUGCCUUCAUUUGCUGAGUGGUGAGCAAGCAUCUCUGCUCUGAGCCGCUCCUCUCUCCCUGGGGUCCCAUCAGCCCCAGCAAAUCUGCUUCUGGGCCCCGUGGUGACACUGAGACCAUGUGUCAAUGGGCAGGCGGGGUCGUAGGAAAGGACACAGGCUGUCCCACCAGCCCCCAGAGGCUGCCUGCCCCUCCUGCCUGCAGUGGUCAAAGGAGCAGGGUCAGCCCUGGGAUCUGCUUCCAGGAGCCACUGUGGGUCAGCCAGCCGCGGGGGUGACGUGUCUGUCUCUUGGCUGGUUCGGGUCAGUUUUCUCCACAUUGGCCAAGGAUCCCAACAUCUCCACGGUGGGAUGAGGAGAGUAGUUGGCCUGCCUGGCAGAGACUAAAGAAGCAACACUCAUUGCUGAGGUCCUCCUGCCAAUGGUGGCCAAAUCCAGGGUCUUCGGAGGCCAGCUCAGCGGCGCCACCCCCACCAGCUCUGACAGGGGAGCUCUGCCAUGUGGUGACAGGAGCUUUGCCUGAGUAGGACUGUAGGUCGGGUACCACCUGAGGCCCUGAACCAGCACUCACCACAAAACAGGACAUUGGCCACAAAGGGCUCAUCCAUCUCUAUACAACUUCUAACAUCAAGGAGAUGUCACAUGUCUGUGGACACAAAUAUUCCUCCUUCUCAGAGGUCUUCGUGAACUCUGGUUCUCAAUCCAGGUGAUUCUGCCACCAGGGGACACUGGGCUAUGUCUGGGGACAUUGGUUGUCACAACAUGAGGUGCUCCUGGGAUUGAGAAGGAGGGCCAGGGAUGUUGCUCAGCACCCUACAGUAUGGCUCCCCAGGAUGGCCCCACCCCAGAGGGUGAACCAGCUGCGGCCCAGCACCCUCUGCUGUCUGCCCCGAAUAGGGCCUCACAGCACAGGCAACAGCUGGAUGGAGUCAACCAGGCUCCCCUGCUUGAUCUGCAGACAAAAGAAAAGAAAAUUGGAAGGCGGCAUCCAGACCUCAUGGAUUGAAUCAACCAUAAUAACAGUGUGUUGGGGCUUCUGUUGUCUGCUGUUUGCAUUUUUCGCAGAGAAGUUGUAAUCGUGGGAUGGGAAAGGGAGAGCACCAAUUUGUGGGCCUAUUUGCGUCUUCAGAACCCAAAAAGCAGGCAACGAACUAGGUAGUGUCUCCCAGCACAUGCUACCAUCAGACCUGUCCUGGCCACCAGUAUGGGUCCUUAGCCCCCCUAAGAGGAGUGUGUACCCCAUCUGUUCCAGCUCACACCCUACAAGCUGCCUGCCAACUUCAGAACAGAGCCAGUGACCCACUCAUCUCAUCUUCCCAGAGCCACCUGCAGGCAGGGAGGGGGUGGGGCUCCUGAGCAGAGGAGGGCUGC